AUGGCACCGACAGGAGAAGCAUACGAAGCAGACUGGAUCUUGUCGAACUCUUCCAACGCCCACGUAGCGACUCACCGAGACUGGUUCACGAGCAUCACGCCCUUCGACACAUCCAUCUACUGCAGCUUCCCAACCGAUCGAUGCCGCGUCAUGGGCAUAGGCGAAGUCCAUCUCGAGGUCAAGACAGACCCUACCUCCACAGGAAGCAGAUCUCACAAGACUCUGAUUCUCCACGACGUGCUUUACUGUCCGGACCUAGCCAGCAAUAUCCUCGGUGGCCACAUCCAUGACGACUUCCCGCUCGGAGAAGCGACGACGAGGCUGGUAGACCUCAACGGCGAAGUUGGCUGCGUUUUCGAUCGUGUUGAGAUCAAGGAGCCGGGCUUUCGGAAGGAGUACAAGUCGAAAGUCUGGCUGGAGGGCCAUCGCCAAGGUUACUUCAGUGAGGGAUCAGGACUGCCGUGGAAGCAAGCCAUCUGGCCCGGCGACGAGAUGCAGAGGUGGGAAGACUACAAAGCAGUCUACGAUUGGAGCAUGACCGUCCAUAGCAUGUCAGCGCCUACAACUCUGCCAGAAGCCGGCAAACCCAAAUUGCUCGUGCGAGCCUUCUCCGUCAAGCAGAGAAAGAUCCGCAAGCCCAGGCCUCGAACACCGCAGACCGAGUCUUGUGCGUCCAGCUUGGUUGCGGAUGGGGUGACGAAGCCGCCGCCGUAUACGCAGGAAGAGAAGGAUUGGUUGAGAGAACACUAUGGCGAGGACUUCAGGUUCAAUGGGCUUAGUCUGAAUGAGGAUGCGGCUUACAGUGAUGGACGGAGAACGAUGUCGCUGACUCGCCAUAGCAUGAUGAGGAAGGACACGAAUAGAGUGGGCUCUUUACGUUCGAGGGGAAUGCAUCGGGUCUCAUCGAUCUUUGGGAGUUUAGUAAGGAUAUGA